AUGGUGGUGGCGGGUGAUCUCCCUCCCAACCCUACACCGCAACAACAACAACAACAACAGCAACAACGCACAGAUGUAGUAGACGAUGAUGGAAGUUCUUCAGCGGGUUCCAGUAGCUCCACCUCGACCUCGUCUUCUUCCUCCUCCUGCUCCUCCACUACGAGACAGGCACCUCCUCCGCCUCCACAAACACAUCCGGUCGACACGUUGGCUCCGUCGGUUCACUCUGUAAUCGCCACUCCCUGCUCCUGUCUGAAUCUGCGACGUAGACGACGGAAUCCCAAAGAGUCACAGCCUACUUCUCAACCACCACCGCUCUCCGAGCAUCCCUCUUCCACCGUCUCCAACCGUUUUGCCGACUUUUCAGGCUGUGGUAACGAGAACUCCGUGUCAUCACCAACGUCGUUAGCUGCAGUGGGAGUGGCAGGUGUUGUUGUUCAAGAUGCACGCAGUGGAAUGCUUCUUGGAGGUGGACCAAAUGCCAUUCUUACCUCACCGGUAGCAUCUGGAGCUGGUGUUCGGGGGCCCGUUCCGCCUCCUCCGCCUCCUCCUCCUCCCUCUGCGCCUCCCAUACAACCGCAAGCAUCUGCAGCUGCCACCGGUUCUAGCAGUGAUCACAGCCAGCACUCCCAACGCAUGAGCUAA